AGCGGAGCCUCCUUCCUCCUGCGUGUCGUUGGACUCGUCUCUGUCUGGUCUUCAGCAUGUCCGACGCUGUGAUGGCUGAGUUCGGGAAGGCUGCCCCGUUUCUGCGCAAGUCUGAGAAGGAGCGCCUGGAGGCUCAGACUCGUCCCUUUGACAUCAAGAGCCAGUGUUUUGUGGUUGACGACAAGGAAGAAUAUGUGAAGGGGCAAAUCCAGGGCAGAAAUGGUGGCUCUGUUGAAGUGAAGAAGGAGGACGGGACCGUUGUGAGCGUGCGGGAGUCGGAUGUCCAUCCUCAGAACCCGCCAAAGUUUGAUAAAAUCGAAGACAUGGCCAUGUUCACUUUUUUGCACGAGCCGGCCGUUUUAUUCAACCUGAAGGAGCGCUACGCGGCCUGGAUGAUCUACACCUACUCCGGACUCUUCUGCGUCACCGUCAAUCCCUACAAGUGGCUUCCGGUUUAUGACUCGGAGGUGGUCGCAGCGUAUCGGGGGAAGAAGCGGAGUGAAGCCCCGCCCCACAUCUUCUCCAUCUCAGACAACGCCUACCAGUACAUGCUAGCGGAUCGGGAAAACCAGUCCGUCCUCAUCACCGGAGAAUCGGGUGCCGGGAAGACCGUCAACACCAAGAGAGUCAUCCAGUACUUUGCCAGCAUCGCUGCCGUCGGCGGCGGAGGGAAAAAAGAGGGCAGCAGGGGCACCCUGGAGGACCAGAUCAUCCAGGCUAACCCUGCACUGGAGGCCUUUGGCAACGCAAAGACGCUCCGGAAUGACAACUCUUCCCGCUUCGGCAAGUUUAUUCGGAUACACUUUGGCAACAGCGGAAAGUUGUCAUCCGCCGACAUUGAGACGUAUCUUCUGGAGAAGUCCCGAGUUACUUUCCAGCUGAAGGCUGAGAGAAACUACCACAUCUUCUACCAGAUCCUGUCCAACCAGAAGCCAGAGCUUCUGGACCUGCUCCUCAUCACCAACAAUCCAUACGACUACUCCUACAUCUCCCAGGGCGAGGUGACGGUGGCCUCCAUCAACGACGCCGACGAGCUGUCGGCCACGGACAGCGCCUUUGAUGUGCUGGGCUUCACCCCCGAGGAGAAGACAGGUGUCUACAAGCUGACCGGCGCCAUCAUGCACCAUGGCAACAUGAAAUUCAAGCAGAAGCAGCGUGAGGAGCAGGCUGAGCCGGACGGCACCGAAGCCGCCGACAAGUCGGCGUAUCUGAUGGGGUUGAACUCUGCCGACCUCAUCAAAGGGCUGUGCCACCCACGGGUCAAGGUGGGGAACGAGUUUGUCACCAAAGGCCAGAGCGUGGACCAGGUCUACUACGCCAUCGGUGCCCUGGCCAAGUCAGUGUACGAGAAGAUGUUCAACUGGAUGGUGGUCAGAAUCAACCAGUCCCUGGACACCAAGCAGCAUCGGCAGUACUUCAUCGGCGUCCUGGACAUCGCUGGCUUUGAGAUCUUUGACUUCAACACCUUUGAGCAGCUGUGUAUCAACUACACCAACGAGAAGCUCCAGCAGUUCUUCAACCACCACAUGUUUGUGCUGGAGCAGGAGGAAUACAAGAAGGAGGGGAUCGACUGGGAGUUCAUCGACUUCGGCAUGGACCUGCAAGCGUGCAUCGACUUGAUCGAAAAGCCUUUGGGCAUCUUGUCCAUCUUGGAAGAGGAAUGCAUGUUCCCCAAAGCCAGCGAUCAGACCUUCAAGUCCAAGCUUUACGACAACCACCUGGGGAAGAACAAAAUGUUUGAAAAGCCGCGUGCGGCCAAGGGGAAGGCCGAGGCCCACUUUGCCUUGGUGCACUACGCCGGCACCGUGGACUACAACAUAGGGAACUGGCUGGUCAAAAACAAAGACCCCUUGAAUGAGACCGUGGUCGGCCUGUACCAGAAGUCCUCCGUCAAGCUGCUGAGUCAGCUUUUCUCCAGCUACGCGAGCGCAGAUGGCAGCGACAAGGGAGGCAAAGCGGCCAAGAAGAAAGGCUCCUCCUUUCAAACGGUGUCGGCCCUCCACAGGGAGAACCUGAACAAGCUGAUGACCAACCUGAAGACCACGCACCCCCACUUUGUCCGUUGUCUCAUCCCCAACGAGAGAAAAACUCCCGGGGUCAUGGACAACUGUCUGGUCAUGCACCAGCUGCGCUGCAACGGCGUCUUGGAGGGCAUCCGCAUAUGCAGGAAAGGCUUCCCCAACAGGGUCCUCUACGGAGACUUCAAGCAGCGCUACAGGAUCCUCAACGCCUCUGCCAUCCCUGAAGGUCAGUUCAUCGACUGCAAGAAGAGCGCUGAGAAACUGCUGGGAUCCUUAGACAUUGAUCACAGCCAGUACAAGUUUGGCCACACCAAAGUCUUCUUCAAGGCCGGCCUCCUGGGAACAUUGGAGGAGAUGCGGGACCUGCAGCUGUCCAGGAUCAUCACCGGGAUUCAGGCCAACGCUCGGGCGCUGUUGAUGAGGAAGAGCUUCGCCCAGUUGGUCGAGCGCAGGGAUGCCCUCAUGGUAGUCCAAUGGAAUUUGCGCUCUUUCCUUGGCGUGAAAAACUGGCCUUGGAUGAAGCUGUUCUUCAAGAUCAAGCCGCUACUGAAGAGUGCAGAGUCGGAGAAGGAGAUGGCCACCAUGAAGGAGGAAUUCCACCGGCUGAAAGAGGCAAUGGACAAGUCUGAAGCCCGGCGGAAGGAGCUGGAGGAAAAAAUCGUGACACUUCUGCAGGAAAAGAAUGACCUGUCGCUUCAAGUCCAGUCGGAGCAGGACACGCUGAGCGACGCGGAGGAGCGGUGCGAACAGCUGAUCAAGAGCAAGAUUCAGCUGGAGGCCAAACUCAAGGAGGCGACAGAGCGACUGGAGGACGAGGAGGAGAUCAAUGCUGACCUGACCGCCAAGAAACGGAAACUGGAAGACGAGUGCUCCGAGCUGAAGAAGGACAUUGAUGACCUUGAGCUCACCCUGGCCAAGGUGGAGAAGGAGAAGCAUGCUACGGAGAACAAGGUGAAGAACCUGACUGAGGAGAUGGCCUCCCAGGAUGGGAAUAUUCUCAAACUCAGCGUGGAGAAAAGGGCCCUGCAGGAGGCUCACCAACAAGCCCUGGACGACCUGCAGAGCGAGGAGGACAAGAGCAAUGCUCUGAGCAAAGCAAAGGUCAAGCUGGAGCAGCAGGUGGAUGACCUGGAGGGGGCACUCCAGCAGGAGAAGAAGGUCCGCGUUGACCUGGAGCGCUCAAAGCGGAAACUAGAAGGGGACCUCAAGCUGCUGCAGGAGAAUUUGAUGGACCUUGAAAAUGACAAGCAGCAGCUGGAAGAAAAACUGAAGAAAAGGGACUUUGAGCUUCUAAACAGCAACGGCAAGCUGGAGGACGAGCGUGCCGUCGGCGUUCAACUGCAGAAGAAAGUGAAGGAGAACCUGGCACGGAUCGAGGAACUGGAGGAGGAGCUGGAGGCGGAGCGAGCCGUCCGUGCCAAAGUGGAGAAGCAACGCUGUGAUCUUUCCCGGGAGCUGGAGGACAUCAGCGAGCGGCUGGAGGAGGCUGGCGGCGCGACGUCAGCGCAAGUGGAGCUGAACAAGAAAAGAGACGGCGAGUUCCAGAAACUCCGGCGGGAGCUUGAAGACGCCACGCUUCAGCACGAGGCCACGGCCGCCGCGCUCCGCAAAAAGCACGCCGACAGUGUGGCGGAACUGGGUGAGCAGAUGGACUGUCUGCAGCGCGUCAAGCAGAAGCUGGAGAAGGAGAAGAGCGAGCUGAAGCUGGAGCUGGAAGACGUCGCAGCCAGCAUGGAAGCCAUCCUCAAGCAAAAGAACAACAUGGAAAAGACCUGCAGAGCCAUGGAGGACGCCAUGAAUGAGCACAGGAGCCGCAGUGAGGAGGCCCAGAAGACCAUCAACGACCUGAGCACCCAGAGAGCCAAGCUGCUGAGCGAGAACGGCGAACUGAGCCGGCAGUUGGAGGAGAAGGAAGCGCUGACGGCUCAGCUGAGCAGGGGCAAGAUGUCCUGUGGCCAGCAGCUGGAGGACCUGCGGAGGCAGCUGGAGGAGGAGGUGAAAGCCAAAAACGCCCUGGCUCAUGCGCUGCAGUCCGCUCGGCACGACUGCGAACUGCUGCGGGAGCAGCUGGAGGAGGAGCAGGAGGCCAAGGCCGAGCUGCAGAGGGGCUUGUCCAAGUGCAACAUGGAGGUUCUGGCCUGGAGGAGCAAAUAUGAAACGGAGGGGAUCCAGCGCACUGAGGAGCUGGAGGAGGCCAAGAAGAAGCUGGUGCAAAGGCUGCAAGAAGCAGAGGAGACCAUUGAUGCAGUGAAUGCCAGGUGCUCCUCCCUGGACAAGAGCAAGCAGCGCCUGCAGAACGAGAUGGAGGACCUGAUGCUGGACAUGGAGCGCUCCAAUGCCGCGUCUGUGGCGCUGGACAAGAAGCAGCGAGCGUUUGACAAGAUCCUGGCUGAGUGGAAGCAGAAGUUUGAGGAGUCUCAGUGCGAGCUGGAGGCCUCGCAGAAGGAAGCGCGCUCCCUGAGCACCGAGCUUUUCAAGCUCAGGAAUUCCUACGAAGAGUCUCUGGACCAACUCGAGACGAUGAAGAGGGAAAACAAGAAUCUGCAGGAGGAGAUCUCUGACCUGACGGAGCAGCUGGGGGAGGGCGGCCGCACCGCCCACGAGCUGGAGAAGAUGCGCAAGCAGCUGGACCAAGAGAAGGCGGAGCUUCAGUCUGCCCUGGAGGAGGUGGAAGGCACCCUGGAACAGCAGGAGAGCAAGGUCCUGCGAGCUCAGCUGGAGUUCAGCGAGGCCAAGGCUGAGCUGGAGCGGAAGGUGGCCGAGAAGGAAGAAGAACUGGAGCAAAGCAAGAGAAACUACCAGAGAAGGAUCGACUGCCUGCAGUCUUCACUGGACGCGGAGACCAGGAGCCGCAGCGAGGCAACGCGCCUGAAAAAGAAAAUGGAGGCCGACCUCAAUGACAUGGAGGUCCAGUUGAGUCAAGCCAGCCGGCAGGCGGCCGACAGCCAGAGGCAGCUGAAGGGCCUGCAGGCCUCGCUGAAGGACGGCCAGCUGCAAGUGGACGACGCGCACCAUCAGAACGAGGAGCUGCGCGAGAACAUCUCCGUGCUGGAGCGCAGAAACGCCCUGGUGCAGGCCGAGCUGGAGGAGCUGCGGGCGGCGCUGGAGCAGACAGACAGGUGCAGGAAGCUAGCAGAGCAGGAGCUGGCUGAGGCCGCUGAGCGCGUGCAACUGCUGAAGGCCCAGAACACCAGCCUGCUGAACCAGAAGAAGAAGCAGGACGCAGAGCUGGUGGGCUUCCACAGCGAGAUGGAAGAGGCCGUGCAAGAGAAUCGCAACGCCGAGGAGAAGGCCAAAAAGGCCAUCACCGAUGCCGCCAUGAUGGCCGAGGAACUGAAGAAGGAGCAGGACACCAGUGCACAUCUGGAGCGUAUGAAGAAAAACCUGGAACAGACCGUCAGGGACCUGCAACACCGACUGGACGAGGCGGAGCAGGUGGCCAUGAAAGGAGGCAAAAAGCAGGUGCAGAAGCUGGAGGCUCGCAUCAAAGAUCUGGAGGCCGAGCUGGAAGCCGAGCAGCGGCGAGGCAGCGAAGCCGUCAAGGGCGUCCGCAAGUUUGAGCGGCGCGUGAAAGAGCUGACGUACCAGACAGAGGAGGAUCGCAAGAACUCCACCCGCCUCCAGGAACUUCUGGACAAGCUCCAGCUGAAGGUCAAGUCCUACAAAAGAGCCGCCGAGGAGGCGGAGCAGGCAGCCAACGACAACGUGACCAAAAUCCGGAAGCUGCAGCACGAGCUGGAGGAGGCAGAGGAGCGUGCAGACAUGGCAGAGGCUCAAGUCAACAAGCUGAAGGCCCGGACCCGGAGCGGAGCCAAGGGCCCGGACGAGUGAGCAGAGUCACAGGGAACAGCACAGGCUCGGUGGCCCCCCACACCGGCGGAGGUCUAUCCCAGUCAAGAAAUGAUGCGAUAAAUAAUAUUGGACGAAUCAUUAAAACAACCGGA